AGUUGGUUAAUGUUCACCUUUAGUUUGAACGAGUCUUACGGUAUUUUGAGUCGUCAAAACAUAAACGUCGAUGCCGAAAUUACCUUAGUUGUUCCUUCGGAUAUCGAUAAUGACCGUUACGAUUAUGACGUUUAUGAAAUUUAUAAUCCACGUUCCGAACGUGACGGGCUUAAUGUGACACGUAUGGGCCAUUGGAGCAAAUUGACUGGUUUAGUUAUACAGCUUAAUGAGCAGACAAAAACGGAAAGACGGCGCAAUUUUCGGGGACUUACAUUCACAUCUGUAGUAACACUUAGGAAUAUUCCUGAGAACGUUACAUUUUUGGAACACCUUCAAUCCAACGACUAUCCAUAUGUCAAUAACCUAGGACGAAUUAACUAUCGUUUAUUUACGUUAAUUGAAGACAUCUACAACUUAAAAGUGCAGGUCCGGGUAGCAGAGUUUUACGCACAUUUAGAUGCGUCACAUAACUGGCAUGGUGCAAUCGAUUUGGUUAAACGAAGAAAAGUUGAUUUUGGUCUAACUCCGUUAAGAUGGGAGGAUGAUCGAUAUGGAGUGGUUGAACACACUACGCACUCGUACCAUGCUCAAAUUCUAUUUAUAUUUCGACAUCCAAAAUCGAUACCGUCGAACGCAUUCACUUUACCCUUUCGAUCAAAUUUGUGGUACGCAAUAGUUGUAUUAGUGGUAUGUAGUGCGUGCAUUAUUUGGAAUAUUUUCUCGGUAGAGAAUCACAAGAAAGUCAAAUCAGCUUUACAUGUGAAACGGGCCAACGAAGAUACUUUUUCCAACUCAAUUCUGAUGAUGAUCGGAUUCAUUUUUCAGCAAGGUUAUUCAGGAAAUAUUGUUCUAACGUCAUCUCGGAUAUUAGUCGUCGCGGUACUCGCAUUCGCAUUACUGGUUUAUCAAUUCUAUUCUUCCUUUAUCGUUGGCUCUUUACUUAUUGAAGCACCAAAGAAUAUUAAGACAAUGAAACAAUUGCUGAACAGUCCGCUUUCGUUCGGUCAGGAUGAACAACCGUACGUCAUAAACAAUUUCCAAUAUGCACAAGAAGAAUCAACUGUACUGUUGUACAAGAAGAUCAUGGAACAUCCUGAACGCACAAUAAUGCCUGCAGGUACCGGGUUGAAAUUGCUGAAGAAUGGUGGAUUCGCCUUUAACACUGACGGUUUGUUAAUUUGUUUAAAUCAACCCAUCAAGGCC